AUGAAUGCAACGAGUUUAUAUGUAUCAACAUGUCGGCUUGUAUUGCAAGCCGACGCUGAAGAUUCAAAUUCAUGGACAGAUUUAUACAGACUAGUACCAUAUUUAAGGCAAAGUCUCAGCUGUACGGUAUGCUCCAAUCUUUUGAUUGAACCUCAUACACCAACGGAGACAAAUUGUCAACAUCAUGUGUGUAGAGGUUGUCGUGGUGGCCGUAAAAAAUUAAAACCAUCGUGUGGCUGGUGCAAGGAUUACGACAAAUAUAUUGAAAAUGUACAACUACGAAUAUUAUUACAGUGUUACAAAAAGUUGUGUGAAUAUCUCACAAGUACUAAUAUUUACCGUAGUCUUAUUAUUACUGUGUCUUCAAAUGCUUCGAGCAAUAGUGCUGCUGUGGUUGGUGCCACCAGUCUUAUUGAGCUCAUUCAAGAAGGCACAGGUUUUAAAGAUGAAUUUAAAAGCAAUGCUGGAUUAUCAAAAUCUGCUUACAGUAUAUUGCCUUGUGUUUACACUAGUACAACGUCAACACAAACACAAGCUAACACGUUACAGCCAACCGUUGACCCGUUGGCAACAACUGUACCUGAAUCUCCAACAAUAAGAACUGUCUCAAAUGGAUCAUCAAUAUACUCUGUGAUGUAUGCAGGCUCGGGUAAUAAAAUAACAAUAAAACGCAAAGCUGCCACUUCUGUAGAAGACACUGAUCUCAGCCAACAGGAUAUUGAUAAUCCGUCGAGAGGAACUGCAGGAGGGGUAAAAUGCAUUCCAUCUUCACAACUUUCAUAUGGAACUUGUUCUCCAAAAAAAUCGUCAAAGGGCAGCAAAUCAUCAACAAGCUUCAAAAAACCAAGAUCUAGCUCAACAAGAAGCAAAAGAAAAGGAUGUAGGUGUGGAAAUGCUACGGCAAUACCAGGAAAAUUAACGUGUUGUGGUCAAAGAUGUCCUUGUUAUGUUGAAAGUAAGCCGUGUAUUGAAUGUAGAUGUCGAGGAUGUAGAAACCCUCAUACUGCUGAUGGUUUGAAAAUCAGGCCACAUAUACCAGAGCUACACAAUUUACAGUUACAGCUCUCGAGUCCACUUGAUUGUGAUAGUUUAAGUUCUGAUACACUUAGUUCAGUACAACAGUGUUUAUCAACAUCACCAACCACCAUUCAAGUACUAAAUGUUUAUUCAACACCAAGAUUAGACAUUGAUAAUGUACCACAAAACCUUCCUGCAGCUUUACUCGUUGGUGAAGAUGCGAUAGUUAGUACAGAAAGUGAAGCUGACGAUAGUGAUAUACAAAUUGACGUGUGA